UUGAGAAUCUUCCGCACGCAGCUUUUUUUGAUUGGAUAACGAAUCGUUACGAUUGGUGUGGGACGACAUGGGCAAUACCGACUUGGACGUCAUACCGUCGUCACCGCUGGCCGUCAACACCGAUCACAUGUGUGUCAUAACGUUACCGUCGCUCGAGUUCCACGACUUUGACGCGUUGCCCGUGAAAACGACGUUGUACAACAACGGUCGGACGGUAACGAUGAAUGGAAUUUGGUCAUCUGAUAAACGACCGUCCAUCUCAGGUUCCAGUUUGAUCGACAGGUACUGUUUUUCUCAUUUGCACUUUCACUGGACGGAAAACAACAACUUAGGAAGCGAACACACCAUCAACGGCAAAUGUCAUGCAAUGGAAAUGCAUUUGAUAUUCUUUAAAAGAUCAUGCAAGACAAUUUUUGAAGCCGAAUCGCAACAAAAUGGUUAUGUGACAUUAGCAUAUGUUUUCAACAUAACACCGAAUGAACAACACCACUUUGGCAUUGACUGCAUAACGUUGAAUUUGAAAAAAAUACAAGCAUAUCGAAAAAGUGUAGAAAUACCAGCCAUUCCGUUGAGUCGGUUGGUUGGCAACCAACCAGGAGAAUAUUUCACGUAUUUGGGCAAAGCAAUAAAACUCAACGGCGACUUUGGUAUAUCACAGUGGAUUGUAUUUACCGAAGCACUUGACGUGAGCAGCGAACAGUUGAGAGAGUUCCGGUGCGUGACGAACGAACGCGGACGUUUGAUCAGAAGCAACUGCCGGGCGGCCAGUGUAGCGGCCGCCAACCACGCUCCUUACCUGGUGCCGUCGACGCGCGGUCCGGACGUCGCGGCCGCCGGCCACACUCCUUACCAGGUGCCGGCGACGCGCGAUCCGGUCGGUGGCGGGACGUGGCCGGAGGCGCGUGCCGCCGUUCCGUUCCGCGGCAGUUCCUCGAGCUGCCGGUUCAAGAUUAACAAGGCACACGUGUUGAGACGCGAGUUCGUCAAGAACAGGAUCACGCACACGCGCAACGGCGCUGUGGUCACCGUGCCCGCCGUCGAGCCGAUUUCGAGCAGCCACGUCAUCGAAAACCACGAAGAAUGGAUGUUCAACAAACCGCCGUGGAAAUAG